AUGGAGUCGGUCCUGAAAUCUCUAAAACCGAGGUCGGCAAAUAAGCUGUCUGGUCUACCUAGUUUCAAACAAUGUGAAGGGAAAACAGGUUCAGAAUACCUGAAAUGGGUGUCAGACUUUGUGUCUGAAAACAAACUCACACCUUUCGACUUGAAGAAUCCAGCUGGUGCCAUAUUGAAGAUAGGAGACCUGGACGAUACUAUUUAUAAUGGGAAAGAUUAUGAGGUGACAGGUUGGGGAAAGUUUUACCUUCCUGAGAAAGUAAGUAUGCAGGUUGUAGGUGUAGUGGAGGGGAUCUUGUGCAGGUUUGACCAGCUCGUUCUGAUGACCUGCUGUGAGGAUGGACAGGUGUAUGCCUAUGAUGGAGAGAAGCUGCAUUUGGUGGCUUCAAGCCUGCAGCAGCUAAGUGACGAGGGAAUAAAGUAUCCAGGGUCCAAGAUCUAUUUCAAUGGGGAGGCCUUCAAAGAUAUGACCAAGAAGGACUGGGACAAAGUGAACAAGAGGCUGGACCAAGAACACCAUGAACUGGUGAUGUCAAAAAAAACUGAAUUCCUUAAGAAUCUCAAAUCAAUCAAAGACAACCUAGGGAAGCCAGAGAUCCUCCAAGCAAAACAUGCAAAGUUCACAGAAGGGCCCCCUAACAGGUUUUAUACCCAGAACCCACUUACCACCAGUGCUAACUUCUCCAACAACACUUCCUAAUUCUGUAAGAAACUUCAGAAUAGUUUUCUAGCUGCAAUCGUAUUUUCUACUUUUAACUUGUACACUUGAACAUUUUGUUUUUGAAAGCUUGUAUAAGCACAUCUAUGCUUUCAUGUUAAAAUUGGCUAAAAUUGCCCAAAAAAAAUCCUGGGUUAACAGGGCAAGUUCAUAUCCACCGUUGUGGUACACUUUAUCUGGGAUUUUGGCUUAGUUGGUUGGUAAUUUAAGGAGCAAGGAACAGCAUAUCUUGGACCAUUACCAAUUUGCCUAUAAUAAUGGCAGGGGCACUGACGAUGCCUUAAUCCCAACACUCUAUUUUAAAGCACCUUGAAAAUCCAUCAGCGUAUGUUCGAUUAUUAGUUCUGGACUUCAGCUCUGCAUUUGAUUGAAUUCUCCCUGAGACACUGUUAUAUGCCAUAGAAGGCAAUAUCAUUUUAAAACUCUUUUCGCACGAAAACUACACAAAAAAAGGGGUGUUUGUCCAUAUAUGGAGUUAAACUGUGGAACACAUUGGACUAUGAACUGAAGUGCUGCGAUAGUGUUUGCAAAUUUAAGAAUUUGUAUAAGAAAACAAUACAGGAAUGUUAUAAGAAAAAAGAUGACUAAUAUGCUUAAAAUGAUGAUAAUUGCAUGUAAAGAUAGGUAGUACUGAUAAUUUUUGGUGUUUGGGGUGAGGAUUGGGGUUGAUCCACUCUUGAAGCAGCUUUUUUGUUUUUUUGUUUUUUUGAUGUGCACAAAUAAGUGACAGGUACCAUAAUAUUUUUUCUUCUUCCUGUUCCUUUUUUUUCAUUCAUGCAUGUUAUGAAUGAAUGCAUGAAUGAAUAAAUGUUUGAUAUAUAAAUUACAACAGAUGGAGAUGAACUCCUUUAUUAUUAGGUGGUAUGGUUAUUAUCUGACAGACAGGAAGCAGCAGCUAACUUUCUGAUACUGUGAACAUAAGUACAGGUGCCCCUCAAGGCUGUGUAAGCUCUCCUUUACUUUUUAUAAUAUACACAAAUGAUUGCAGAAACAUCUAUAGAAAUAAGUACAUUAUAAAAUAUUCAAAUGAUCCGGUCAUACUUAAUCUACUUACGGUACAAAAGAUUCAGACAUUGCUAUCUAUAAACAGGAGAUAGAGGAAGUAGUGAAGUGCUGCAACAAGCAUAACCUGCUGCUAAAUGUAAAUAAAACCAAAGAAAUGAUUUUUGACCCCAAGUCUAUAGGAGAUCAAUGCAAACUAAAGAUGUACUUGUUGAGCAGGUAACAACAUAUAAGUAUUUAGGCAUAUAAUUAGACUGUCAGUUGCAGUGGUCCCAUCAAGUGGACAAUGUUUGCUCAAAGAUAAGUCAGCCUCUUUAUUUUUUAAGACGACUUAAAGUUCAUGGAGUGGACAAAGAUAUCAUGCUACUGUUUUACAAGGCAGCCAUUGAAUCUAUUGUUUGUAACGGCUUCAUGGCUUGGUUCGGUAACCUGUCCAUUAAAUGAAAAAUCACAGCUCCAAAACUUGAUAAAAAGGGCCAAAUGCCACCAACUCCUCUUCAGGAGCUCUUCAAGGAGGCGGUGAGGAAAACUUAAAAUCCUCCAGGACCCAAAUCACGUCCUGUAUAGUGAGUAUGAGCUGAUGCCUUCAGGCAGAAGUUACAGGUUACCAAACUGCAAGCUUAACAGGUAUAAAUUCUCAUUUGUGCCACUUUCCAUCACAUUAUUGAAUACUAAGAUAUAUUCUGUAGUGUGUGUGUGUGUGUGUGUGUAUUGGCUGCAGUGAUGUGUGUGUGGCUAAUACUACUAAAUAAUGUAAAAAAGUUCUCUGCACUUCUGCAGAACACAACAAUCCGGUGCAACCAAGGCAGGACACAACAGCAUAAAAUAGCA